UGCCACCCCGCCGCCUCCACAAAUGACCCCCGCGCCGCAGCCCCGACAGUAUGCCCCAGGGCCGCGGCCUAUGCACCAACAGCCCUUUUACACCAACAGGGCCGGCCUGCCGCCCAGCGCCGGGCCCCGGGGCGUCCCUCCCCACAGCGGCCCUCGGCCGGUGACGCCCACCCACGUCUACCAGCCGGGCCCCGGCUCUCAGAUGAUGAUGAUCCCCGGGCAACAGUUGCCCUUCCAGAGCUCGCCGCAGGGACCCGCCUACUUCAUACCGGGACAGUACCGGUCGGCGACCUACGUGGCCACGCCUCAGCAGUACCCGGUCCCAGCGGGAACCCCCGGCUUCUACCCAGGCACCAGCCCCGCGGACUACGGUUCUUAUGCAGGGGCCUACUACCCCGCCCAGCCUCAGUUCAACCCCUCACUGCAGCCGGCCCCCGUCAUAAUGAGCCCGGCCCCUCAGCAGCAGCAACAGCAGCAACAACAGCAGCAACAGCAACAGCAGCAGCAGCAGCAGCAACAGCAACAACAACAACAACAACAGCAGCAGCAGCAACAACAACAGCAGCAACAGCAACAGCAGCAACAACAGGCGCUGCCUCAACCCCCCCAACACAUUGCCACCAAGCGGGAACGUAAACAGAUCAGAAUAAGGGACCCGAACCAAGGAGGUCGAGACAUCACAGAGGAGAUUAUGUCAGGGGGCCGCAGCGGCUCCACCCCCACGCCACCACAGUCGGCCAUUUCGGGAUCAGAAAGUGCGGCGGUGGUUCAGUUCAACGGUGAGAGCGUCCCAGCUGCUGCCUCGCCGGCGCUGGUCAGACCGGAUGAAAGAGGGAAACCUACGCCCCCUCCGUCGAAGACCCCUGAACUGGUUAAGGGAGACCCCGUCCCCACGGAGGCCUCCGCCUCCGACACAAACACUAAGCCCCCUGCCCCCCCUCUACUAUCAGAACCGCAGGAGGUCCCUGUCCACACUGCUCCCGCUCGGGCUCCUGUUCCGGACGUGAUGGACGCUCCCCGGGCUCCCAGGGAAGCCCCCCCGCACCCCCAGUCGGCGCCUGAGGUGCCCGCUUACCCCGCACCCCUCCCCGCAACCAUCCCCGCUGCCGCGCAAAGCAAAGCGGACAAGAAAACCACAGAGGAGUUGAAGGAGGUUAAAAAGGAAGAAAAGGCCGCUGCCCCUCCCGUCGCGCCCCCCUGCGCUGCUAACGGUGUCGCCGAGGUGGAGCACGAAAGGCCGGCGGCGGCAUCGCCGCCACCCUCCUGUCACCUCGAGUCCCCCCCGGAGUCUCCAAUCGCUCAGCCGGAGGAGCUCCGCCUCCCCAACGGACUGCCGCUGCCGGCCCCCCGAGACCCCGAGGUGCCCGCCGCCGGCCUGGAUGAACGAGACUACAGCCUCAUCGCCUAGUCGGGACUCGGCUAGGAGACAGCUGGGAUCGGCCAACCCGCUCCCCCGAGUCGCCCCGAACCCGCCGUUGUCCAGGAGGUUCCCGCCCAUCCGGUCGUCCCGGCAGAGCCCCCCCGGCCUGAAGUCCAAGACGAGGUCGCCCCGGACAUCACAGAAGAAACCCCAGUGCCCGCUGCCCUGGCGGCGGCCACGGAAGAGAUGCAGUCUCCCGAGGAGACGGUUCCCGAGGAGACGGUUCCCGCGGAGACGGUUCCCGCGGAGACGGUUCCCGAGGACACUGUUCCCGAGGAGACGCUUCCCGAGGAGACGCUUCCCGAGGAGACGCUUCCCGAGGAGACGCUUCCCGAGGAGACGCUUCCCGAGGAGACGCUUCCCGAGGAGACGCUUGCCGAGGAGACGGUUCCCGCAGUCGACUGCGCCCCGGAGAGGGCGCCCAGCCCUCCCUCUCCCACAGAAGAGGAGAGGGAGGACACCCCUCCCCCCCAGGCCGUCCCACCUGUCCUGGUAGAAGCUGCUAUGCAAGCCGCCGUCUCUGUGCCAAAGAAAAAAAGGAAGAUGAAGGAUCUGAACAAAAAGGAGGCGGUGGGAGACCUCCUGGAUGCCUUUAAAGAGGAACAAGUGGUUGCUCCACCGGCGCCCGAGCCAGCCGCCGCCGCCGCCCCCCCGGCAACAGAGACCCGGCCUCCCGCCCCCGAGGAGGCUGACCUGACCUGGGAGGACAAGGAGGACAAGGAGGGCAAGGCGGAUGCGGAGAACAUUCAGCCGGACGCCGACAAGAAGUACCAGUACAAAGAGGAACAAUGGAAGCCAAUCGACCCGGAGCAGAAGAAGCACUACGACCGAGAGUUCCUCCUGGGCUUCCAGUUCAGCUCAGCCAGCAUGAGCAAGCCCGAGGGCCUCCCGGCCAUCAGCGACGUCGUCCUGGACAAGGCUAAUAAGAACCCGCUGCGUCAACUGGACCCCAGUCGCCUGAUGGGAAUGAAUUGCGGCCCCGACUUCACGCCCUCCUUCGCCAACCUCGGCAGGCCUGGAAUGGGAGGCGGAGGCGGCGGCGGAGGCGGAGGAAGCCGAGGACCGCCGCCUGGUUUGGGCAUGGGCGCCGGCGGCCCGCGUCGCUCUCAGCAGAUGCAGCGCAAGGAGCCGAGGAAGAUCCUCACCACCAUGUCGCUGGGCGACGACGUGCAGCUCAACAAGGCGGAGAAGGCCUGGAAGCCCACGGCGAAGAAGCCCACCCGCUCCCGCGCGGCCGAGGAGCCCGAGGAGAGCGAGUCGGAGGACGCCAAGACGCAGGAGCUCUUCAAGCGGGUCCGCAGCAUCCUCAACAAGCUGACGCCGCAGAAGUUUCAGCAGCUGAUGAAGCAGGUGUCGGAGCUGACCAUCGACACCGAGGAGAGGUUGAAAGGAGUCAUAGAUCUGACCUUCGAGAAGGCCAUCUCCGAGCCCGACUUCUCGGUGGCCUACGCCAACAUGUGCCGCUGCCUCAUGGGGCUUAAAGUCGAAACCUCGGACAAGCCGGGAACCUUUGUGAAUUUUCGCAAGCUGCUGCUGAAUAGAUGCCAGAAGGAGUUUGAAAAGGACAAAGACGACGACGAGAUCUUCGAGAGGAUGCAGAAAGAGCUGGAAGCCGCUUCAGUGCCGGAGGAGAAGCAGAAGCUCACCGACGAGCUGCAAAGCGCCAAAGACCAGGCCAGGAGGCGCUCGCUGGGCAACAUCAAGUUCAUCGGAGAGCUCUUCAAGCUCAAGAUGCUCACCGAGGUCAUCAUGCACGACUGCAUCGUGAAGCUGCUCAAGAACCACGACGCAGAGUCCCUGGAGUGCCUGUGUAGGCUGCUGUCCACCAUCGGCAAGGACCUCGACUUUGAGAAGGCCAAGCCCCGCAUGGACCAGUACUUCCAUCAGAUGGAAAGGAUCAUAAAGGAGAAGAAGACCUCGUCCAGGAUCCGCUUCAUGCUGCAAGAUGUGCUCGCCCUUCGAAAGAACGCCUGGGUGUCCCGACGAGGCGACCAGGGCCCCAAGACCAUCGACCAGAUCCACAAAGACGCCGAGCUGGAGGAGCACCGGGAGCAGAUGAAGGUGCAGCAAGCCCUCAUCUUCAAAAAGGAGCCGGGCGGCGGCGGUGGUGGCGGCGGCGGCGGCAGGAUGGGUGGAGGGGGACGCGGGGGGGGCCGCAACAAUCCCCCCCAGGACGAAGGCUGGAAUACGGUGCCCAUCUCCAAGAACCGACCCAUCGACACCUCUCGCCUCAGCAAGAUCACAAAGACUCCCGUUCUCGACUUCAACAAUCAGUUGCUCGCUCCAGGUGGUAAAGGCACGUGGGGCAGCUGGGGGAAGGGCAGCAGCGGCGGCAGCAGUGCCAAACCCGCAGAAGCCGGCUCGGAGGCCGGAGGCCGUCCCGCCACCAGCACCGUCAACCGCUUCUCCGCCUUACAGCAGUCGGCGCCCCCCUCGGGCUCCGCCCAGGACGCCGACAGGCGAGUUCCUCAGAGGAACAGCUCGAGUCGAGAGCGCGGCGACCGCUUCGAAAGGCGGGACGACCGCGACCGCAACCGACUGCAGGUCACCAAGCGCAGCUUCAGCCGGGAGAACUCGGAGCGGAGCCGGGAGCGCGAGCAGCGCGGGUCGGCCGACCCCGUCCGCCGGGUCGCCAGCAUGACGGACGACCGCGGCAGCCGCGACCGAGCCCGGAGCAAAGAGACCGUGAAGCAGGAGAGAGCUGCCACCCCCCCGCCGCCCCAGACCCCCGCCAAGCCCGCCCUGACUGAGGAGGAGCUGAGCAAGAAGUCCACGGCCAUCAUCGAGGAGUACCUCCACAUCAACGACAUGAAGGAGGCUCUGCAGUGUGUGCAGGAGAUGAACAGCACCCAGCUGCUCUCUGUGUUCGUGCGAAACGGGCUGGAGUCGACGCUGGAGCGCAGCACCAUCGCCAGGGAGCACAUGGGGCUGCUGCUGCAGCAGCUCAUCAAGGCCGGCGUCCUCCCGACCGAGCAGUACUACCACGGGCUUCAGGAAAUCCUGCAGGUGGCUGAAGACAUGGCAAUAGACAUCCCGCACAUCUGGCUGUACCUGGCAGAACAGAUCACUCCCAUGCUGCACGAAGGAGGCAUCCCCAUGGGAGAGCUUUUCAGGGAGGUUUCAAAGCCUUUGAUCCCUCAGGGUCAAGCGGGAGUUCUGCUGGUCCAAAUCCUCUCUUUACUCUGCAAAGGAAUGAGCCAUAAGAAGGCGGGCACGAUGUGGAGGGAGGCCGGCCUCCGGUGGAAAGACUUCCUCCCCGAGGACCUGGACGUCGACAAGUUUGUGACGGAACAGAACGUGGAGUUCACGCUGUGCUCAGAGUCUAAGGAGGAGCAGGAGGAAGAGGAGGAGAGCCAGACGAAGAAGAAGGAGGAGCUGAGCCCGGCCGAGCUGAGCAGACACCUGGAGAGACUGAUCCAGGACCAGGCCGACAACCAGAGGAUCUUUGACUGGAUCGAGGCCAACCUGGACGAGCAGCAGACCUCCUCCAACAUGUUCGUCAGAGCCGUGAUGACCUGCGUCUGCCAGGCGGCGGUCGUCUGUGAGAACCCCAACAAGGUGGACGGCGAGCAGAUGAAACGUCGGGCCAAGGUGCUGCAGAGGUACCUGCUGGACGAGCAGAAGGAGCUGCAGGCCCUCUACGCCCUGCAGGCGCUGAUGGUGCAGAUGGAGCAACCUGCCAAUCUGCUGCGGAUGUUCUUCGACACGCUGUACGACGAGGACGUGAUCAAGGAGGAGGCCUUCUACCAGUGGGAGGCGAGCAAAGACCCCGCCGAGCAGCAGGGGAAGGGCGUCGCCCUGAAGUCCGUCACCGCCUUCUUCACCUGGCUCCGCAACGCCGAGGACGAGGACGAGGACGACAACAGCUAAAGGGGGGAGGGUCGGGUUUAGAGGGGAUCCGUGGAGACAGCGGACGGAUUCAGACCCUGAAUUGACAAUAAAAAAAAAAUAACAACUUCUGCAUCAACGGAAAAAGAUGUUCGUCCGGGAGAGAUUGUUUUCUGGAUCGAACGUUCGAUCGUGUUCUUUUUCUUUUUCACGUGCAACCGAAUGUCUUUUUUUGAAAUAAAAGGAAACACAGGAUUAAGUAGAGCGAGUAGACGAGUGACAGUUAUGAGCCACGGCGGGUGACGCUGUGUCCUUCAGUGUUCCUACACGUUAGUUUACCCCCAUCGCCGCGGCAACACUAUUCAAGACACUUUGCUUAUUGACAGAUUAUAGAAGAAACGUCUGUUCACGUUUAUAUUUUUGAUGACUUGGCCGUGCGGAUCUACGCGAGGCGCCGCGCACACGGCUGGCGUUUCCCUUUUUUUUUUUUUUUUUUUUGUGUUUGAAUGUUGGGAGUAAACGUUUUAUAAUAAACCGCAAAAAUACCAAGAAAGAGUGGAGACGCGUCCCGCGGACAUUUCAGACGCUCGAGGACUCGCGCAGACUUUAUGAGGACGCCGUUACCGAGGAGCAAUUGACUUUGACCGUUUUGCUGCUUGAGGGGGGGGGGGUGACAACGCCAAUCCCCCCCCCCCCCCCCCACUUCCCCCCUCCGGCGACCCCUCGACCCCGAUGCACAGUGUCCUGUGUGUGUGUGCGUUGCUGCUGCGCUUGGUAAAACACAAACUGACUGAGAAAGGGGGAGGGAGGGAGGAGGGGAGGGGGGCUGCAGCCUCCCACAAAAGCCUGGAGUUGGAUUUUUUAAAAAAAAAAAGAUUUAAAAAAAAUACUGAAACAAAUCCACUUAAAAGUUAAACGGGACGAAUCCUGCGGCCUUUUCUGCUUCCAGGUGCGGAAUCGUAUUUCAGGAGAGUUCUGUAAAUACAGAUGUUAUUUUUCUUUUUCACUGAACGAUGCUAACAUUAAGGUCCUUUCCUCCUCUUGUCCCUGUAUUUAUAUUUCUCUCCUCAGCCGGCAGACGGUGCUUGUAAUUAUCCAAACCCAAGUCAUUGAUCACAGUUUAAUUGAAAAAUUGUAAAUACUUUUUUGCUUUACUUUAUUAAAAGAUAUUUAAUUAAAGUAAAAAAAACAAAAAACGAAUGCCUCUUUUCACAUCCACAACUGGAAGAGAUAAUAAAGAUCAUUGCCAAUAAAAGAAAAAAAACAAAACCUC